AACUUGGUGACUUUUACUCUCCCCAACAACGUGCCCAGUGCCCAGGUAAGCUGGCUUGCAAACCUCUCGGUGGUGUCUCAGCUCCUGACCCUUAUGGGGCUGUGCUAUGGCAGACACCCACAGCCCGGCCAGGUGUGCUUCCCAGAUAGGAGACAAGAGCAUUUCAUCAAGGUCCUGCCAGAGUACCACAUGGUAGCACCCAUCCGAUUAUAUGUGUAUGGGAAUUUUCUGUCACAUGGCUUGCACCAUCCCUUCCUCAGCAGCAGGAGGAAGAGGGCUGUGGAUGGCUCAGAGGACCGGGUGUACUAUAGAUUUUGGCAUGAGAAGGACCUGUUUUUCAACUUGAUGGUCAAUGAGGGAUUUUUUCCCAAGAGCUACAUCGUGGAGAGAAAACAUGGCAGUCUCUCCCAUGUUAAAAUGAUGGCUUCCUUCAGGCCCCCCUGACACCUCAGGGGCACCAUUCUGUAGCAAGGCACCAGAGUGGGGACUGCAGCCCUCAGUUGCUGCCACGGACUGAUCAUUUCUGCUGCAGGUCACAAACUGCAUUGUUGA